ACACUUCACCGAAAGAUGGAGCCUUAUUCUUCUGAGAAACAUUUUUCAAAUUUCACUCUGCAGCUUGGCGUAAAAUAAUCUUGUAAACUUGCUUUGUCCGUGGCCUGCUGUAACAUCUCCCACAUACAUAUGCGGACAUGUAUCUUCUAAAUGCACAAGUGUUAACGUUGGCUGUUCAUGUAAAGCCAUGGAUGAAAAAAACAUCAGCAGGCAGUUUACAAGCCUAGCUAAUGAAGUAGCUAGCAGUAACCCACAUUUCUAAAUAAAGUAAAGUGUUUUUACUUUUUAUAAUUGGCGUCAAAAUGUCUUCGUCUCCAGUGACCACAGUUUUAACUGUGGGUUGUGACGUUUGUGCCACUUGGGAAGACAAAAGUUGAACCCUAACCUCGACUUUCUCAGAGAGCACAACAGAGCCUGUUCUCCAUGAUGUGGAUGUGUAUUGCUGUUUUCCUGCUGUGGGUCAGGACAGGAGGAUGCACAGAGAAGGCCAACACAUCAGACCUAAUUGAAUACACAGCUGCAGACUUCUACGAGAAACUGCAUUCUGGGAAGAUGAUGUUUAUCUAUUUCGAGCAUCAAGUCUCUCCAACCGUCUCUCUCUUCUUGCUGGAGCUGGAGAAGUCUGCUGACGCCCUGCAGGAUUAUGGGGUAUUGGUUGGCAAGGUCAACUGUAAUAAAGAGCUGGUUCAUACAUACUGCACAGAGGAAAGGAUGCUGCACACAGCUUUUCUGUUCAGGGGUGGUAAGGAGUUCUUGGGUUUUGAUUUGGACACCGUGUUUGACGUCAACUCCAUUGUCUCUGAAGUCCUGUUCGCUAUUCUGCGUGAAGAGGUCAAGUAUGUCCACACAGACGCUGACCUCAUGGCCAUGGAGAAGACAGCCAGAGGGAAGAAGGAUAUUGUGCUGGGAUAUGUCCGCAGUCUGGGAACACAAGAGCACAGAUCGAUGAUGGAGACGGCGUAUGUGUACGGAUCCAAAUACCAGUUCAUCCUCAUUACCGGGGGCCCAGUUUUGAAGCAUUUAGGGGUGAAUGAGUUGUCUCACUCGUCUGGAGUGUGGUUCCUCCACUGUAGAGUUCACAGUGGGUUAGUGACCCCGAUGACCUUUGAGCGCUGCCCUUUGACCCGCAUGAGGAAACCCCUGUCCACCCUCAGCCUCCACUCCUUCCUGCAGCUCAUGGAGGCUCCGCUAGUGUCUGAAGUUUACGACGAUCCAUCCUCAGUCCAGGCCCCCCAAUUCCCCUUCCAGCAGACCCCCCAGGUCUUCCUGUUCUCUCGUCCCCCAACCGAGCACCUGGACCUGGACACGGCCACCGCUCUGGCCUGGAGACUCCGUGGCCUUGCCCUGCUGGUGCUCGUACACAGGCAGAAUCCUGCAGUGAAAACCCCCGAUGAAUAUAAUGUUGCUUACAGACUGCCAGAGAAGAGCUCAGAGGUGAAGUAUUUGACCUUACACAACCUUGAUGAGGUGUUGGAGCUCUUCAUAAAUCAAGAGAAAGAGGUGGAGGACGAAGAGGAGGACGAGGACGAGGGGGUGGAGGAUUUGCCUUUUGGCACACUGGACGAUGAAAUUGCUUCGUCUGUCUACGAAAACCGAGGCAACUUACUAGAUAUGGACUCAAUUACCCACUUAACCUCAGACAGCUUCCACGCUGCUGUUGCUGAAAGCAGCCUGACAGUGGCACUCUUCUACCUCAAAUGGGAUGCUGUUUCAAUGGCUUUUCUCAGCUCCUUCAUUGAAGUUGCAGAGCGACUUGCAGAUUCAGAGGUCCAAAUGAGUACGGUCGAUUGUGGAGAGUGGACCGACCUCUGUGCUGCUCAGCCAAGCAGCUCUUUGCAGAUUCCGUUCCAGCCAAUCACGGCGUUCCCCAGCGUCUUGCUGCUGCGCCCCCAGGAGUCAGCCCAGCACUACAGAGGCAUGCUGGGCACUGAGGCGUUACAUCGCUUCAUCAUGCUGAGCCGACCAGCUUCGCCUGUGCUACUGUCCACCCAAGAGGAAGUGAUGUCAUACCUUCAGGAAGUGUCUCACCUUGAGCUCGCGGGCUAUCGGCCUGCCAGAGUGCUGGGACUGUUUAAGACACAAACACAUGCAGGUGUUCGAGUGUUUACUGAAACUGCAAAGUCAUUGAGAGGAGAGGUGCUGACUGGACUGCUGACAGAUGGGCUAGCAGAGAAAUGGGCGGCAGAGCACACCGUGGACCUUCCUGCAGUGUUGGUGUUUCCAUCUUGGAGGACAAACACUCGUCCCUCCAAGCUGCCUGUGUCCACCUCUGCUGAAGAUAUGCUCUCCCACAUUAACACCGCACUACUGCAUCCACUGCCUGAGCUGACGGUGGAUAACCUGCCAUCCUUUCUCUCCCUGGGUAAAGCCCUCCUGCUCCUCUUUGUGGGGAAGGAGGAGGACGAGAUCGGGCGGAGGCAGAACCAGGCGCUGGUGGAGGAGAUGAGAGGAGUGGUGGAGUUGGGAGAGGGGACGAUGGAGCAAUACUUGGCCUGUUGGAUCCACCUUGGCCGUACUCCAGCCGGUAUGUCUGUCCUGGGGUCGUACCUGGGCUCUAUGCCCCCCCUCCCUGCUCUGGUCCUCACCCAUUUGCCCUCUGGAGGUGAAAUCUAUCAGUACCCCCCCAACACCCCCUUAGUGGCCCCCUCUGUCCUGCAGUGGCUGCAGAGGAUCGAGGACGGGACUGAGUCACCAGCAGGGAUGUUGGGUGAGGACAGCUGGCCUCCUGCUGUCGAUUUCUACGACUUCCUGAAAGUCAUGGACAUGCAGGAAUCCGACGCCAGCCUGGAGCAAACUCCUCAAGAGGAAGAGGAGCUGGACGAGGAAGAGGUGAAUGCAAAAGAAGAUGUGGUGUUAGAAGAAGGGACGGAUUCCUCCUCCAGCUCUCCCAACACUCAUUCUGAACUGUAACAGAACAAGACAGGAGGGAAAUGACACUAAACCACUGAUUAAACAUGUUUGUAUAUUGAU